ACUCAGUUCUAAAAGCAAUCAAAAUGAAGCAGCUUCUUCGACUCAUCAAUUUAUUUCUUCUGCUCGUCCUGGUAACGAGCCAAAAGGAAGAUGAGCCCAAAAAAUGCCCACCUGGCCAGGAGCUGUUAGGUAAUCGUUGCGUUAAAUUUCGCAUUCUUGUAUCUGGUAACAAGGAGUCUUUGACCAAGGUAAAUGGAGAAAAUAAGCAUGUCUGCUUAGAGGGUUUCAUUUGGUUAGAAAGUAAAAACGCUUGCGCCCAGAAACCUAGAGUUUGUACAGAUGAGCUCUGUAAAUCGAAUACAAACUCAGCAGUUCCAAAGGAAUGUCCGCCCAACCGCCGGUGGAACAAAGAACUCCAAAAGUGUGUACCCAAGAAAUUAGUAACGGCCUUUGGGAACACAACUGCAAAAGCGAAUGCUAAUAAAACAACAUCAUAGUUGUUGGAGCACCGGAUUUUUCCUUAUAUGUGAAAGCACGAAAUAAAAUGGAUAUAAAAUAGGGUACAAUAAAAAGAUUACUGCAAUACCAAAGAACAUUGGUCAGUAAUUCGGUCUACGUGUUAAACCA